UCGCUUGCCAGCUCAGAGGUUUGUUCCCCUCUGUCUCUCUUCUCUGCCUGUGUCGCACGCUGGAAGGUUCCUUUGCCGGCGCCUUUGCACGACGAUGCCGCGAAUUGACAACGACGUAAAGCUCGACUUCAAGGAUGUCCUCCUGCGGCCCAAGAGAAGCACCCUCAAGAGCAGAAGCGAGGUUGAUCUGAUUCGCGCCUUCACCUUCCGCAACUCCAAGGGCAACUACAGAGGAAUCCCCAUCAUCGCUGCCAACAUGGACACCGUGGGAACAUUCGAGAUGGUCAAGGCCUUAAACAAGCACACCCUCUUCACUGCUGUGCACAAGCACUACUCUUUGGACGACUGGGUGGAAUUUGCAUCCAAAAACCCCGACUGUUUGGAGCAUGUUGCCGUGAGCGCAGGCAGCGGCACCAACGACCUGGCUCGUCUUUCGGCUGUGCUGCAGGCCGUGCCAGGCGUCCGCUACAUCUGCCUGGACGUCGCCAAUGGCUAUUCGGAGCACUUUGUCGAGUUUGUCAAGAGCGUGCGCGAAAAGUUCCCUGAUCACACCAUCAUGGCGGGCAACGUGGUGACAGGGGAGAUGGUGGAGGAGCUACUUUUGGCUGGGGCUGAUAUCAUUAAAGUUGGAAUCGGCCCAGGCUCGGUGUGCACGACGCGCACCAAGACCGGUGUGGGAUACCCACAGCUGAGCGCCGUGCUGGAGUGUGGGGACGCCGCACAUGGACUCGGCGGGCACAUCAUCUCGGACGGAGGCUGCACUUGCCCGGGCGACGUAGCUAAGGCAUUUGGAGCCGGAGCUGACUUUGUGAUGCUGGGAGGAAUGUUGGCUGGCCACAUCCAGAGCGGUGGGACCCUGACUGAGCGCGAUGGCAAGCAGGUGAAAACAUUUUAUGGCAUGAGCUCAGGGACCGCAAUGGAGAAGUACGCUGGAGGAGUGGCUGAGUACAGGGCAUCGGAGGGCAAGUCGGUGGAGGUCCCGUACCGCGGUGACGUGUCAGACACAGUGCGCGACAUCCUGGGCGGCGUGCGCUCCACGUGCACCUAUGUGGGCGCCGCUAAGCUCAAGGAGCUGAGCCGCCGCACCACCUUCAUCCGCGUGACGCAGCAGAUCAACGCCGUGUUCAGCAACAACUAGCCGGCACGCACCCGCUGGAGCGUUCGCCACGCGAUGGUCUCAACGCGGCGCCGUCAAUGGCCGUGCCCCGCCGAUGUCUCUGUGCUAGGGGAGGGGAAGAUGGCUGCUUCAUUUUAUAGGGCCUGUAACUUAAUUUUAUCCAGCCCCGUAUGAGGCCCAUCACAUUGCGCAUACCUGUCAACUCGUACGGUUUACCCGUAUUCUUGUACAGCGAAAUUGAGUUUCCAGGUCCAUCACAGGAACAAAAAAUAUUCUGUCUAUUUGUGUUUCUCCCUUGUGAUGGGACUUUUUAGUAUGAACGUUGAGAUUUAUAAGGGUACAGCGUGACCAAUAAAGUCGGAAUUGGUCUGUAAUAAGGUAGGCACUGAUGAGGGGUUGACAGGUAUGACAUUGAAACAGCAUACUUAAGAUAUUAAUUUAUCACCACAAGCAUCGUAGCCACACUAGUUCUGGAGUGGUACAUUUUCCAACUGGCAUCGCUGUGAUUAUAAUUUUUCGUGCGCCCAGUCACUUCCAUCACAGCGAGGGUGUGUGUUGCAUUAGAGGAAGUGAACGAGGAGUAUGUUGACUUGCAUGGCCUUGCCAAAGGUAUUUAAAAGUAACAAUUCGGCUCUAUGUAAUAAAGAGUACCCCCACCCCUGCACGAUAAUAGUACAGAAAGACAUUCCAAGUGCUUUAAAUGAUCGUAGAAACUGAAUUAUUCCUCGGCAUACAACGAUUCAUUAACUUAGAUCGUCAUGACCAUAACGCUUGUACGAAUUGAUUGUUUUAUUUAUACUAUUUUUUUUCUUUCGGCUAAGGUUUGGGGCACAAGGCGGCUACAAAAUUAGACAUUACAAUGAGGAAUGACGGGAUGGAACGGGUAAAGAGGACAAAAGUAAUUGAGUCUCCGGAUUCAAAUCAUGACCCAGUUCCUUCAUUCGCAGAAGGAGGGGAGUGAAUCGUUACACACAAUCAUUUUAAAUUAUGUGUUGAUACUGCCUACGUUAUUGAUGAAUGCAUUGAGUUUUUGUUGUUGCAGUUAUUCCAGCCCGCUUUACACCCGUUUGACCCAACCUCGGCCGCUUGACUCGCUUUCCUUUCCCAUCCCAAAGCCAAGCGGUCAACCUCGCGAAGUUUCACCUCGCUGGGCCACUGGCAAAGGUGUUUGAGCUCCACUCUGUGGUGCUGCGUGAGCAUUUGAGAAUCACCACAAGGUUAAAUUGAUUGAGUUGGCUUUCGUCGGAGUAACUGGGCAGGAGAAUUGUCCCUUUUGUCGCAGGCACAGGUGAAUUUAGACCCCAGACAGACACAAAAUGAGGUAAUGACCAUAUUUGUGAUUAACGAGAAAGUUCAUGAUUGUAUCGCGUGUCAUUUUAACAGUUAUUCCUUCGGCUCUGCACAUUUCGUCUUCACAGUGAACAUUUCAGCUUUCGGGGGUUUUUAAUGUGUUAAACCAGCGGUCCCCAACCUUUUUGGCACCAGGGACCAGUUUCGUGAAAGACAAAUUUUUCGUGGAAGACAAUUUUUUUUCACGGACCGGGGUGGGGGGGGGGUUCAUAAUUGGGUCUUUCCCCCCUUUUAAAAGAAGCUCUCCAGCGACGUUUGUUUUUUACUCAUUUUGGCUACUGGGGUUAGAGUUUGUGGGCUUACCAACACUGUGACUGAGACAAGUGCGCAGUGUGGGAAAGGCGCGGACGGAAGUGGUAAAUAAUAAAAUAAUUGGCGGGCCACGCGCGGACUCACCGCUGUCACCUCCUGCUGUGCGGCCCGGUUCCUAACAGGCCGCGGGUUGGGGACCCCUGUGUUAUACAUUCCGGAUCUCAUCCGAACUACGUUUUAAUAUUACCAGGCUGGAAAAAAGAUAUAUAGAACAAAAGUUUUGGACAUUAACGAAGGAUUAUGAAUUGACGUAGCCACUUAUUUUAAUACAACGAUUUACUUAAUAAGAAUAAUACUUGGCAUUUAACAAAUUAAUAUAGUGACAAAAUGUGCACAAUAAACAUUCCACAUGCCCACUUGUAUCGACCUAAUGUGAGAAUGGGAAUAACACGGAGAGUGUUUAUUAUUCUUGGUUCUUUUGGUAAAGUCACGUAAAAGGGAAACAAUAAAAUAAUAAAAAUAUAAAACAAUAAAAUUCUCACGACGUUUCGACCGCAACACAAGCAAUCAUCAUCAGGUGUGAAAACCACAGCAAGAAAAUUUGUUUCCCUUCUACGUGACUUUACCGAAAGAACCAAGAAUAUGAAUCCCUGCAGUCAUGAAAGCUUUAAAUCUAAAUUUAACACGGAGGGUGUUUAUUAUGGAACAGCACGGCCCUAUGGCUGAUCCAAUUUAUUUAUGUUUGCAGUACCAGUUUUACAAUAAGUUCCCAUGAGAACCCACUCGCAAGGCUUUCACCAAUCCCACGUCCCAGGUCUGGACUGGCCGACCAGAUAGCCAGGCAUUUUGUCAGUUGAACUAAACCUGGAGUUAACCGUCACCCAGCCGGAUGUAAAUCACUUGCUGGAUGAUGGAAGUUGAUGUUCAAAAGUUGGACCAAGAUUGUGUAAUGCAAGCCCCACGAGCGCUUGCUGAAUAUUCGUCCCGUUGCUUGGCAGUCGAGUUCUGCUGCACAUGUUACAAAGUUCGCAACCAAACCACCUGGCUCAAGAACAGGCAUUUGCAUUGCCCUCCCAAUCGUCACAGGGCGCAGCUUAAGCCAAGGUGGCUUCUGAUAUGUUGCACGUUGGGCCAUGGCAAAAAAAACACUAUCAUCUGUAACGUGUGUCAUGGCAAAACUUUAGGGUUAUCGAUUGAUUGAAAAGGUUAGUCCAUGUUUACCGGCUCUAUAAAUACAUCUGUACCAUUAAAGUUUCGUCGCUACAGGUGGUACCUAAAGUCAAAUUAUCUGGUCUGUGUUCACACAGCUGGAUACGUGCGUGGGAAGGCGGUGGAGGGAUUUGCUGGCCGAACGGACAAUGUUUUCGCUGUCACGGAGUUAAGAUGUGCUCAGACGAGAGUGCUAGGUAGCACUCAUCUCCGCUGGGAGCCCUGCAGCAGAGCCAUUGGUGGCAACUCCACUUUCUUCAAGAGGGGAACGGGGUUUUUUUUCCACGCGCGCAAAAUAAAAUCUGCCUCCGCAAAUCAAGUUGCCAUCGAAGCGCUACUCUUAACCAUGACCGGCGCCACUGGAUCUAACCACUGGACCCAACCACUGUAUCUAACCCAUAUCUUAAAGAGAGAGUCCGUGUCUUUAAGAUCUUAAAGAGAGAGUCCGUGUCUUUAAGAUCUUGCAGUUAACCAGCAUUGACUCGAGCAAGCCUGGCUGCUGGGAUACUGUAUUUCAAAACCGGUGUAGAGUUUGCUUCUUUCUGAAUUGUGAACUCCCACGGGGACUUUUAGCCGAUGCGUUGUCAGAAAUACUUUUGUUUUUUUGGAGAGACAUAAAAAGGAGGCAUCCGCUUUAUCAAUUGUGUGAUAUAUAUAUAAGUUCCUCGUGCUGCCAUAAUUCACCCCGGGGGUCUCCACGCAGUGAAGAGGUCAAGGUUGCACUCAUGCGUUGUGUUUUCAUUCUUUAACCAUCAUCGCUGCUGCGUGUCCUCUGCUCGAUCGCCGACCGCGAUGCUCAUCAACACGUGAUGGUGGUUCUUCGUUAGCCGUACCCGGCGAGCUACCACCGCGGCUGAGCGCGAAUUUGUUUUCCCAUGACGCCGAUUAAGUCGCGGACAAAGGAGCCGCUUCUUAGGCGCCGGUGUCGGCAGCGCCGGCGGCACGUCAGCUGAUUUCGGCGAUGUGAGCGAGAUCGCGACGAGAGAUCAAAAUAGCCGUGUUCUUAUGGAGACGCGAUGCGGGGGUUGCAUUCCAAGUGUUAGCUGCGCUCGUUGUUCUCCCAUUGACAAUAUGCUUUUUUAUAAAAGGGAGGAAUUUAGCCCAUUUGGAUGUCAUGGACCUCAUUUACACUUUUUAAACAUAACACGGCUGAGCGCGCCGUGUUAUACAAUUGCGCUGCUAUUGAUGGUGUAGCAGUUGUGGAGCAAUCGCGCAGCGCAGUUAGCGCGCUGCGCUACUUUCCCGGCGACUCGAAUUCGAUUCCCGCUCAUGGCCAACAGCAGUGACGAAUAUCUGAACCGGUCCUGGGCCUCCCCUACGUCGACACGGCCUCAGUUGGGUCCCCGGUGUAGUGUGUCAACAUCGACACUGGGGAGACGAAGGCAAUCGGUCGUGGUGCUCGCCGUCCACCCCCUCGUGCCGUUCCGGCCUUCACUAGGUGUUCGUUGAAAGCACUUGCCCCAACAGUCUGUUAAGGCUAUACAGGGGAUCUUUGCCUUUUGAUCUGUGAUAUAGUUUCGCGUUCGCUGUGUUCGUGUUUUUCGAGCGCGUGCGGAUGGUGUCGAGCGAGAGAAACCAGGCCGACGCAAUUGUUCAGAGACGUGCGGUGUAAUUAAUAGUCAUAAAUCGAAUCGAUUUCGUAUUGUUUUGUUCACGAGACAGGAGGGGGGAGUUAGCGACAUUAGGGAUGUUAGGAUGGGUUGAACUUCGACUCUGGUGGCACAUGCGACGAUGAUUGUGACUGAUUCCGGUAAUAAUGAUAUCUGUUGCUAAUGAUCAUGGUUGAGGAUGAUGAACGAAGGUGAAAUCAUUGCUGAUACUGCUGAUGAUGCCACUGCUGAUGCUGCAGAUGACCUGGUGAUGGGUAGAGCUCCAGUUAAAGUACAGAGAAAGAUCCAACCCCAUUGGACAAAUCAACAACUGGCCAUGAGAACGAGGCACAUUGGAGGGCUUCAUCUGUCUCACCAGCCUCACCUGGCAGCCAGGAAGAACCGAGCAGUUCGUGCAUUGUGCUAUGAAUUGGCAACCUUAGUUCAUAAUAAACAAUGGAAGCAUGAAGACUGCAAAAAAAUCAAGUUGAUUGGUAAAAUCACAAAGCGUAACCGUCAUAAAACUCGGGGAGAAAACAUUAAAGACCUUGCAAAACGACGUGCAUGCAAUGAAUUAUUCCACUGGAACACAUUCUCGUUUUAAGUCGGGGGGAAGGUUCCAUAUGCCACACUUGGAGGGGUUUCCUGGUCCCUUUGCAGUACGACAAAGGUAAAGCACCAGACACCCGUGGACCUCAUCGCAGAAUAAGGAUCAACAUCAGGCGUGCAGUUUAUUCGUGUUUACACAGGAAUUAAAUACCUCAAAUGUG